AGGAAGAGAAGAGAACUCUCUAGGCCUACUCUCUAGUGUGUCCAGUGCCCUGCGUAGAUUGGUUUGGUAGGUUUAGCCUAGAGAAAAAAAAAAAAAAGAGAAGAUCUCUAUAAAAAGUUCACAUUGACUUCAUUGACAUUGACAUUAAUCCGAGCCGAGGCCUACAUAGAUCUAGAUCUAGAUCUACAUGUUUCCAGGACUCUGCUAGGUCAUUGCUCACGACUCAGUGACGUCUGGUAGAUUAUCAUUUGGUUUUAUUUACCCCUUUUUUAUAAAAAGGCUUUUUCAUUUCAUACCGGCUCCAAUCUUGUGUGGAGUGGGCAGACCGUUCCAAGUGAUCUCGGAUCUUGCUUGCAGCAGUCAACAACUGUGAACAGGACUCAACACUACAAAAGGUUUCAUACAGUGAGUAACUACUAUCAUCAGCAUCAUGGCCUCCGAGAUGACUACAGGAACUGUACUGGUGACAGGAGGUGCAGGCUACGUGGGCAGUCACACAGUGAUUACUCUGCUUGAGGAUGGCUACAAUGUGGUGGUGCUGGACAACUGCUCUAAUGGAAGCCCCGAGAGUAUACAGCGGAUUGAGAAGAUCGUGGGGAAGUCUAUUCCAUUCCAUGAAGUUGAUCUACUUAACAAAGCAGAUGUUGUGGAUGUUUUUAAAAAGCACCCAGAUAUCUCUGUGGUCAUCCAUUUUGCUGCGUUAAAAGCUGUUGGGGAGUCUGUGGAGAAGCCUGUGAUGUACUACAGGGUCAACCUGAUGGGGACCAUCAACCUUGUUGAGGCGAUGACAGAGUCCAACGUGACUCGAAUCAUCUUCUCCAGCUCAGCAACGGUGUAUGGGGAUCCGAAGUACCUUCCGAUGGACGAAGCUCACCCUGUUGGGAACUGCACCUCCCCCUACGCCAAGUCCAAGCAGUUUGUAGAAGAGAUACUCUCGGACAUUUGCCGCAUCAAACCUGAGUGGAGUGUUGUCAUACUGCGGUACUUCAACCCUGUCGGAGCCCACAGCUCUGGCAUGAUCGGUGAGGACCCCCAGGGAGUGCCCAACAACCUCACGCCGUUCGUCUCACAGGUGGCUAUUGGGAAGCGGCCGGAACUGAUGGUCUACGGCAAUGACUAUGAUACAAUUGAUGGCACAGGGGUGCGAGACUACAUCCACAUCACAGACUUGGCAAAGGGCCACAUUGCUGCCAUAAACAAGCUGAAUGAAACCACAGGCUUCAAUGUGUACAACUUGGGCACUGGCACAGGGUCUUCUGUUCUACAAGUGGUCCAAGCGUUUGAGAAGGCGUGCAGUAAAAAGAUCAACUAUAGGAUUGUGCCUCGGCGGGGUGGAGAUGUAGCUGCCAUGUGUGCAGACCCCAGUAAGGCCCACAGAGAACUCAACUGGAAGGCUGAGCGUUCGCUGGAUGAUAUGUGCAAAGAUCUGUGGAACUGGCAGACGAAGAACCCAAAUGGCUUCAAACAGAAAAAUGGAGUGAAACCUCAUUAACUUUUUGUGAUGUGCUGUGAUACCAACUGGCAUUCGUCAGUUCUUGUGCUCGACCUACACAUGAUCUGUUAGUAGACUACUAGAUGUGGUUACUGUCUCAAUUUUUCUGCUUUGUAGUGAUUUAGAUGUGUGUUAUAAUUCAACAUCAUGCUAUAUCAAAUGUGAUCAAUGUGGAUGAGCCUUGUCAAAGAUGCUUCUAUAAGAUUUCUGGGGAAGGGGAGGAGGGGGUUCUCUUGUAACAGAACUAGAACAUUUGUCUUUUUGUUUGGUACAAAUGUUUUUUACCCUAUAUGCUAAAAUGGCUCUCAAAGCGUGAUGAGUGAAGGAAGUUAAUUUAAUAACCGGGGUUAAUGUCUUUGAAUGGUCAGAUUGUGCCAUACACCCUCAUGUGUUGAAAAGGAACUGUUGAUAAAUGGUCCUAUUAAGUUAAAGCCAUGCUUUAAAUCCAAUAAAAUUCACUUACACUGGUGUCAAAUAGAAUGAGACAUACAUGUAAUGUAUAUUCUUUUUACUUAAUUCAACGUCAUGUAAUAAGAAAGUGUGUUUAACCCCUUCCUGUAUGUUAUACUUUGAAGGAUGGAUGGAAAUGUUCCUCCAAUCAAGAUUGUACUGCUGUGAGCUUGAGUUUGUUUUGAUGUACCUAGUUAGCGAAGGAGACAGGAGCAGUCAUUGAUGGUAGCUGAUGCAAAAUGGCAGAGUCUGAAAGACUUGAAAGUAUUUUUGUAUCAAGUUAUAGAAUACAUGAUUAAAUGCAUGUGAGUUGUAUUUUUCUAAAACUCUAGUUGCAGAAUGAUAAGUAAAAAUAAACUCUGACAUUCCAUUUAGUAAUUGAUGUUAAAUUAUGAAAUGAUCCUGGUUUGGAUUAUUUCCAGUCACUUUUGGACAUUUUGUGUCUAAAAUCAUUUUGAUGUUUCAGUAGCUUUCUCAGCUCACCAAGUGCUGCGCCCCCCACAGCUCAAAUGAUGAUAAUGUAUGAAGAAAGAUGAUUGCUCUUAGUGGUUCUUCAUUUUUUUUCCUCAGGCUUUGAAGCAAAUAUGAGCUGCAUGUGAAGACUCUUUUUUUAUUCCACUUUUUUUAUAAAUUGUGUUCUGAGGUCAUUUCACUAGACCCCUAUUUAUCAUCUAAAAGAAGGUGUGUAAUAGUGAAUGAGGUUUGUUUGAGUAAAGAGAAGCACAGCAAUGCAAUAAUGGUCAUUGAGUGCUGGGAACAAGUAAAAUAGACAGAAACAACAGAGGGAAAGUAAAGAAGUAGGACCUGCCAGUGGCGGCAGUAGUGAGGACUUGUUUUCCUUUCAAUGUAGUGUGGUUGUGGGUACAGUGUUAUUUUCCAACUGAACAAUAGGUUGCUGCCUUUAUUGGAGUGUGACCAGCUCUUGGGGAGGGGGGGGGGGACAGUGGAAUUGUAUGAAGAGCAAGCUUGUCAUUUUUGUAAUUUUAUCAGAGAGCGACUCUCAAAUUUUUACCUCCAAACUUCGGAAAUAUUGUUUUUGCAGAGAACUGUAAAAUGAUCAUCAGCAUUCAGCACAUGUCUUCGAACAAAGGAUUAUACUAGAAAUAUAUAGUACGGUUUUAAAAAAAUAUUUUUGAUGUUGUAAUUGAAGCCUCCAAACAAGAAUAGUUUGGUUUUUCUCAAGUAUUCAGCUUCCUGCAGCUUCAGGUAUUUGUUAAUAUUAUUUAUUUUCAUUGAAAAGGCCUUUGUUGAUCAUUCAUUUUUCAAAUGGCUUUAACAACAAAAUUUGGUUGCAGAGGUUGGGGGCGAUUCAAAUUCGAAUACUCCUUGUCCUGCCGUGGUUAGAUCUAGGUAGCAUUGAGCAUCGAUGUUUAAAAAAAAAAAGUCUAAAGUAGUAGUUUUUCGAUUUUUCGAUUUAAUUAUCAAUGCAUGCUUGUGUUGACCUUUGUUACCGUAUAUAUUUUCUCGGAAGUAUUGUUGUGAUUUUAAGUGCUGUUUAAAGUUAAAUAAAGUAUAUCUUGUACAAAGAAAUGUAUGAGGACACUC